UAAAUGAAAGGUGCUGCCUCUUCUUAUGGACACACUUCGGAGUCUUUUCAAGGAAGGGAUUUUGCACUGAAAACCAAGGAGCAGACUGACUUGUGCACAUGCUGAAGUUAAAGCAAAAGUUCGACUUACACAGAGAUGUGGAGUCUGAUAUCCACAGGAAGGAGGCGUCUGUCUGCAGGGUUAAAGAAUACUCUGGCGCAGUGGACACUCGUAUCCUGAACAUUGAGAGAGAUGGGGGCAUCCUUUACUCCUGGAAGGGAGCAACAGCGACCACCAGGAUUGGGAAAUACGACUCCAACACCAAACAGAACAAGCUCCUGUACUCAUUUGACAAGCAGGUGUGUGUCAGCAGCUGUUCCCUGAACAAGGAGGAGACGUUGUUGGCUGUCAGCUUGGCACAAAAUACCAGAGGAGAAGAGCGCCUCAGACCAAUAUCCAAGUGCCUGACUCUCCUGAUUGAGAUCCAUCCCAUCAACAACACUAAAGUCCUCAAGGCAGUUGACUGCAGGGUCAAAGUGCAGUUCCUCCACCAAGAAACUGACAGGAGAUCAGUGCUGGAGAGCCACCUGCUCCUGCUGACAGAAGACGGAUAUGUGGAUCUGUACCAUGUUCUGCUGACCAAACAUGAGGGUUAUAGAGUGGUGAUGGCGAAUCCCGAGCGUUUGCCCAAAACUGUAGAGAGGAUAGCAGAGGAUUUAAGUUGGGUCCAGUGGGACGGACACACACAACGACUCUACUGUCUCACACACAAGGACAAGUUCCUGCUACGAUGUGUUCAGUUUUACCCCAGUCAUAACUGUGAAACUGUGAUGGAGCUCCCGUUAGAGUUGCCUGCUAAUCCUUUCCAUACGGUCAAGUUUGUAAACCUGGGCUUCGACCAUUAUCACAUGGAGAGACCAGAACAGGAACUCAUUCGGAUGAAUGUGUUCACAAACAGAAUAGGAAGCAUGUGUGUGUGCUACAGCCAGCCUCGGAAAGACAAUCAGGAACUACUAUACACCGUGGUUUUAGUUCACAAAGACUGCAGCAAAACAUUCAGAGUGUCUCUGGGCAGCGAACAGUCGCAGCACAAAGCUGCACAGCUCCAUCCACUCUUCAUCCCCAUAGGUUACUACAUCCUGGUGUAUCUGAAGGAUUAUUUCCUCCACUGUAUCAACACCAGGCAGCAGGAGAUGCCCUGUCACUCCCUCUUUCUCUCUGGUCACGAUGUGGACUUGGGCCUGCAGUGUCAGUCCGCUAACAUCACAGUGCUGCACGCAGAGGAAGAGUCUUGUGGUAGUCUGCUGGACCUGGCCAGUGGGAAGAUCCACACUGCUGAGCUGAGCCCCGCCUACCUGCUGCAGAUACUGCGCUCAUCUUCUAGGUGUCCCUGCAAUAAGGCUGACCCUCAGCGCCUGGCCGCCCUCCACUGCCUUCUGGUUUACAUGGGAAAGGACCCAAGCUUGGAGCUGAAGAUUAUUGAAUGGCUGUGUGACAACGUGAACGCCUUCGAAUCCUUUGAUCAGAUCCAGGAGUUCAUUCUAGCCUCUUUGUACAGGAUAAGCUACGAGAAGUCUCUCAGCCUGGAUAAAGUCCUGCCUUACUCCUCUGUAUUCGACAAGAAGGAGGUACCAGCGUGUCUCUCGGCGAUCCCCGGUGUGUUGUGUACCACUGAGCUGCAUAUUGAGUCUGUGCUAAAAGGGAAGGGUUUCUGGACAGAGCUGCAGUGGAACACAGAGAGGACGAAAUAUCUGGACGCUGUUCCCAACCCCAGAUACAGAACUUCACAGAUACAGGCCGAGUGGAAUAAACUGAGGUCCGAGACGAGACCAUCCAGCUACAUGAAUCACCUGGAGGAGAACACAAAGAAAGUUCUAUCAAUGGUGGACACCUGGUGUCUCGAUAAGAAGCUGGUGCCACUUUUCCAGGAGGAGGACCAUCAACAGAGGAUGCUCAUAGGCCUGACAGUUGACAAGCUUCGAGAGCAUCUCAACAGACACCUGCCUCGACUGGGGAAGAAGAAGAUUGACUCGCUGGUUGUCUGCUAUGUAGCCAAACUGCUGGAGCUCAUCAGACACUUGCUGGAGUCAGUCUGGCUCAAGUACAAGCUGGGCCCUCGUGUUCUGUGCUUGAAGCAGCAGGGCAGUCCGGCCGAAUGGUCUGUGUUUCACUUCAUGUUUCGGAUCUUGGAAGCCACAAGGGGUCUUUGCCUGCCACUCCCACCUGGCUAUCACACCCUUUUAGCAGUGCUUGCUGUGCGCUGUCUCCCUCAUCAGACCUUCCUACAGUACAUUGAUCACGGUUUCCUCCAGCUCACUGAAACCUUUCUGUCUCGCCUCAUGACAGAUCUGGACAACAGUGAAGCCAACGAGAGACUCAAGUUCAGCAUACUCAAGAGACUCCCUGAGCCUAUGGAGCAGAGGAUCUACCAUAUGUGGGAUCAUCCUGUCAGUUCAGCCUCAAUCUCCAGAGAUUACGUCAGGACUCUGCUGGAGAAACACAGCAACACCAAGGGUUUUGCAUUCACCAGCAGAGACAAGCCUGGGUUCAGACCUGAGUUUCUUCCUCUUACCUACCUGGCAAAAAUACUCUCCGAUAUAGAAGAACAAGCUUUGAACCCGUUCGAGGAGACGGAGAACGUGGACGCCAGGUUCGUGGAGGAGACGGCUCUGAAACAGACGCUAAUACUGCUGGGCUUUGAUACAAAGUGAAGAAU